UGGAGGCCCUGGCAGUGGCUUUGGUGGCUUUGGUGGAGGAUUUGACGGUGGGAUGGGGGGCCAGGGCUACCCCCCAUGCCCCCCGGGCGGCAUCAAGGAGGUGACCAUCAACCAGAGCCUGCUGGCCCCCCUCAAUCUCGAGAUUGACCCUGAGAUCCAGAAGGUUCGGACACAGGAGCGGGAGGAGAUCAAGAAACUCAACGACAAAUUCGCCUCCUUCAUUGACAAGGUCCGGUUCCUGGAGCAGCAGAACCGAGUCCUGGAGACCAAGUGGAAGCUGCUGCAGGAACAGGGCGGUGCAGGAACGGGGGGCAGGAACCUGGACCCUUUCUUUGAGACCUACAUCAGUGGGCUGAGGAAGCAGCUGGAUUGUCUCUCCAGUGAGAAGCACCAGCUGGACACAGAGCUGAAGAGCUUCCAGGACAUGGUGGAGGACUUCAAGACAAAGUACGAGGAAGAGAUAAACAAAAGGACGGCAGCUGAGAAUGAAUUUGUGCUCCUGAAGAAGGACGUGGAUGGAGUCUACAUGGCCAAGGUGGAACUCCAGGGUAAACUGGACUCUCUGUCGGAUGAGAUCAACUUCCUCAAGUGUCUUUAUGAGGCCGAGCUGGCCCAGAUGCAGAAGACGGUGUCCGACACCUCGGUGGUGCUGUCCAUGGACAACAACCGGAGCCUGGACCUGGACAGCAUCAUCGCCGAGGUGAAGGCGCAGUACGAGGAGAUCGCCAACCGCAGCCGCGCCGAGGCCGAGUCCUGGUACCGAUCCAAGUAUGAGGAGCUGCAGGCAACCGCAGGCAAGCAUGGAGACAGCCUCAAGGACACCAAGACCGAGAUCUCAGAGCUCAACCGCAUGAUCCAGAGGAUCCGGGCUGAGAUCGACAGUGUGAAGAAGCAGUGUGAGACCAUUCAGACGUCGAUUGCGGAUGCAGAGCAGCGCGGGGAGGUGGCUCUCAAGGAUGCCAGGGAUAAACUGGCCGAGCUGGAGACAGCCCUGCAGAAAGCCAAGGCUGACAUGGCCCGGCAGCUCCGGGAGUACCAGGAGCUCAUGAACGUCAAACUGGCCCUGGACGUGGAGAUUGCGACCUACAGGAAGCUGCUGGAGGGCGAGGAGUGCAGGUAG